CACUCAUCACAUACUAUCAAUUUCCAUUUCCUUUCGAUUCUACUGUAAAUGGAGGCCACCGAUAAAUCUCCACAGCCGUCACUCUCCUUACCAUUGCGAACACGCAUUGCCCUUUCCGCCAUCUCCACUUUCACCGACGCAGCUUGCCGGAAAAACGGCACCGUAAACCGUCGUAUCAUUACCUUAGUUGACUUCAAGAGCCAGGCGACAUCAAAAUCAACCAACGGCGUAUCAUCACACGAUGUCGUUGUAGAUGAGACUCGUAACCUCUGGUUCCGAGUCUACGUACCUACAGAACACGCCGGUGAAGAUCUCCCGGUGAUGGUGUUCAUGCACGGCGGCGGAUUUGUCUUCCUCUCCCCCGAUGCUCUUCCUUACGAUGCCGUGUGCCGGCGCUUCGCAAGAAAAGUCCCGGUCGUUGUUGUUUCUGUGAACUAUCGCCUUGCGCCUGAGCAUCGGUAUCCGGCGCAACAUGAUGAUUGCUUCGAUGUGCUGAAGUUUAUUGAUGAUGAAGAGAACAGGUCUAAAUGUUUGCCGGAAAAUGCGAAUCUGUUGCGUUGCUUUCUCGCUGGAGAUAGCGCCGGUGGAAACUUAGCUCAUCAUGUUGCUCAACGAGCAUGUGAAUACAACUUCCGACGACUCAAGGUCAUCGGAGUUGUAGCAAUUCAACCAUUCUUUGGCGGCGAGGAGCGAACGGAAUCCGAGACCCGGCUCGCCGGAACACCAUUAGUUUCAGUUAAACGAACAGAUUGGAUGUGGAAUGCAUUUUUGCCAGAAGGGGAAGGGUUCAAUCGGGACCACCCAAUCAUCAACGUUAGCGGCCCACAGGCGGUGGACGUAUCGGAAAUAAAUUUGCCGCCGGUCAUGGUGGUGGUGGCGGGGUUCGACGUCCUACGUGACUGGCAAAAAAGGUACUAUGAGUGGCUGAAAAAGUCCGGGAAAGAAGUGUAUUUGUUCGAGCACCCAAAUAUGUGCCAUGCUUUCUAUAUCUUCCCGGAAUUGCCUGAAUCUGGACAACUUAUUGACCAAGUGAAAGACUUCAUUCAUAAAGUAUCGAGUAAUGUUGCCACUUUGUAACAAAUUAAAACCUUGGUUAAUAAUUCGUUUUAUUACAAUUUACAUAUGCAUAAAUAGUUGUAUCAAAAUCAUUUUAUAUUGUAUCAUUUGAGGGGUC